AUGGACGAAUACCACAACGAGAGCUCGUUCAACACCGAAGAAGUUGAUAACAUUGUCAAAGAGUGUAUUGAGAAUGUAGUAGGCAAAGAUGACUACAACCAGAAUCUGGUGAACAAAUGGACCUCUGCCAUAGUGGAGCGUUGCCUUACACAGCUGGUCAAACUGGGGAAACACUACAAGUUUAUUGUAACAUGCGCGCUGAUGCAGCGAACCGGUGCAGGGCUGCACACGGCAAACUCCUGCUACUGGGACACAGCCAUGGAUGGGAGUUCAACUGUGAGGUGGGAAAGCCGCACCAUGUACUGCGUGGUCAGCGUUUUUGCCGUUGCAAUGGCGUAA